ACACGAUCCGUUUGGAUCAAUGUAAUGAGCCCAAGAUCUUCUGCUCUGCUGCUUUCUGCAGAAAUUGAACCCGUUGAUUACUGAUGUCAAUCAACAGAUUGCUAUGGACUGUGUGCAGAACGAGAAGAAGGCCAAGGCGACCAACCAAGAUUGGAGAAAAAGGCCCCGCCGGUUUGCUCCAAAGUCGAGGCUAGGGUGUAAGACAUGCAAGAUAAGAAGGGUCAAAUGUGACCUAACUAGGCCGUCGUGCUUGAAAUGCAAGUCUACAGGCCGCACCUGUGAUGGCUAUACAGAAUCGCUUCAUGGUGGAGAAACAGUGAUUGAAUCAAGCCAUCCUUGCAAGGUCAAUAUCGACGCUCUUACAGCAGAAGAUCGUGUCAGCUACCAAGCUUGUACUGCAAUGAUCGCAAGUCAUCCAGGAGCACGACAAUGGCGCACUCGAAGCUACCAUUUUCUCGAUUUACACAGACUGAGGCCCAUUAUGAUUGAUUCAGAGCACGCAGAGCCUAUACACUUCUUUGAAUAUUGUUCGCUCAAACACCUGAACACAUAUCAGCCCUGGAACAGGUCAUGGCAGAAAACGCUCAUGUUUUUCUGCCAAACAGUACCAUCGGUGCGGUCAGCCGCCAUUGCCUUGGCUCUGCUUCAUCGGGAACGCUUCGACGGCAAGUCUGCUACCAGUAAAAUGGCCAGGCAGGCUCCUUUAUUCUACUAUACUCGGGCAAUUCAACUUCUUCUGAAUCAGGAUUUGCAUGGUAACGACGAUCCCAAACGUACAGCCAUUACCCUUUUGGUUUGCUAUCUGUUUACCUGCUUCGACCAUCUGGUAGGCAACGAUUUACAAGCGAUGAAGCAUUUGCGUGGAGGCGUGGAGAUUUCGCGCAACAUUGACAAGACUUUUCAGGACAAUAGCAACAUCAAUAACAAUGAUGAUAGCAGUCGAGAAGGCACUCCCAAUAUAUCGGAAAUUCGCAAGCUCAUCUACCAGGUCACAAGCCAGAUCCAUCGUCUUGAUACGCAAACGGUAAUGUUUCUACUUGACUGGACUCCCAUGGACAUUGACACGAUGCCGGGAUACCAGCUCCGGCCCUGCGACACUGCAUUUCAAUCCCUUGAUCAAGCCACUAUCUACCUGCAAACGGUCAUCUCUAAGGUAAUCAGACUACGCCAUACGGAGCAGCAAAUGUACCCCACGCAUGAAACACCGCCGCCACCUUCAUUGUGGUCGCAGAGGACUAUGCUUCUCGGGCAAUUGAAAACAUGGUGCAGUUUAUUCGAGGCGAUGUUGCAGCAACAAUAUGGACCUUGCAGCUACAAUGAUACAGACCCUUGUAUAACCCUGCUACGGUUACAACAUACCAUCGCGUGGAUCUUCCUGAAUGGUUACGGACCUGGAAGGGAAAUGGAAUACGACGCUUUCCUGAUUCAGUUCCAACAAUGCGUGGCCUGGGCGGGUGCCGUGGCAGCAGCUCAUGAGCAAUAUGUCGGCUCGUUGGAGCCAACAUUUACCCCGGAGAUCGGCAUCCUCCCGGCGCUGUAUAUAAUUGGGUCGAAAUGCCGACACCCCCAGGUCCGACGUGAGGUUCUGGGUAUCUUGCGAAGACAACGGAUCCAGGAAGCAGUCUGGGAUAGUAUCCAUACUGCCGUACUGCUUGAACGAGUCAUCGAGAUUGAAGAGAGCGGCGGUACUCCAGCGGGGGCAGUAACACAGAUUCCUGCGUGGCAGAGGAUCGAGGCAUUAUCCUGGCAUCGUGUCACCAGUGGAGAUUCUGUGCCCAGAUUAGACAUAACGUAUACCUUCUGUAUGCGCGAAGGGGUUUACGUCGAGUCUCUUCCAAUUUAACGCUACGUUGUUACCUUCCAAAGAAAAGUAUAUUAACAAUAAAAUCAAGUUGAACGUACGAUUUCUGGGCGCUGGAUACUGGGAGCUUAAAAAUUAAACUGAGUUUUAGAUAAAAACAAUAGC